AAGAUAAGUUAACUAGCUAGCGGGUAACUAGUUGAGUUGUGUCUUGGCUGCUGUAUAUACAGUAUUCUGACUGAAAAUAACAGAACUACUGCGUAUACAGCUGGAGUUAGCUUGGAUGUAAGGGAAAAAAUAGAGCUUUGAAGAUUGCCACCUACCUAUAGUUAUCUAUUCACCCAUGAACAGAAAAUCUCGGUUUCUUCGAAACGAACUCAGACAUCCCGUGCCUAGUUACGGCUGGUUGACUAAGUCACUCCUGGUGGCAGAGCCUGGGCUGGGCCACCUCUGCACUUGCAACGUCCAAUUUAUCCCCGGGGCUCGAACGCAGCGAGAGAAAGGGCUGAGAUGCUCCAAGGCUCCAGGAUCCAAGAUCCCAGCCCAUAAUGGCAAGUCCUUUGCCCGUCUUCAUGGCAUUUGCGGCGGGGGUAUACAAGGGGGCGGGGGAUACAUGGUGUACACUGCGUACAUCUGCGUACAUCAUACAGGGGAUUGCUUCUUUUCUUUCUUUUCUUUCUUU